AGCUGUCAAGCUCCCCCGACCGGUGGAGCGUUCGAGGGGCCCGCGGCGCUCGGGGACCCUCCGCCGCCUGCGCGCAGCCUUGGGCCGGUAUGGGCGGGGUGGCUGGGCCGGCAUGAUGAGCUCCCUGGGCAGCCCGGUGCGGGCCUACGAUUUUCUACUUAAGUUCCUGUUGGUGGGCGACAGCGACGUGGGCAAGGGAGAGAUCCUGGCCAGCUUGCAGGACGGAGCAGCCGAGUCUCCUUACGGCCACCCGGCGGGAAUUGAUCACAAGACGACCACCAUCCUGCUAGAUGGCCGAAGGGUGAAACUGCAGCUUUGGAAGCCAGGCCUAUUUUACUGCACUCUUCCAGAGGCUUCAGGGACUCGUACCAUGCUCAAAAACAAUCAAUCCCAGAAGCUGGAGAGGGACACCUCGGGGCAGGGGAGAUUUUGUACCAUAUUCCGCUCAUACUCCAGAGGUGCACAGGGUGUGGUCCUGGUCUAUGACAUUGCCAACCGAUGGUCCUUUGAUGGCAUUAAUCGAUGGAUUAAGGAGAUUGAUGAGCAUGCCCCUGGGGUUCCUAAAAUCUUGGUGGGAAAUCGGCUGCACCUGGCAUUCAAGCGACAGGUGCCCACUGAACAGGCCCAGGCCUACGCCGAGCGCCUGGGUGUGACCUUCUUUGAGGUUAGCCCUCUGUGCAACUUCAACAUUACAGAGUCCUUCACAGAGCUGGCUAGGAUCGUGCUGCUGCGGCAUGGGAUGGACCGUCUCUGGAGGCCGAGCAAGGUACUGAGUUUGCAAGAGCUCUGCUGCCGUGCUGUGGUGUCCUGCACGCCUGGGCACCUGGUAGACAAGCUCCCCCUCCCUGUCGCCUUAAGAAGCCACCUUAAGUCUUUCUCGAUGGCCAGUGGCCUGAACACCAGGAUGAUGCAUGGCCGCUCCUACUCCCUCACUGCCAACUCCAGCCACAAGAGGAACAGCUUCCGGAAAGUCAGGACCAUCCGCCCACCCCAGAGCCCGCCCAGGAACUGUGCCAGGAACAGCUGCAAAAUUUCUUAGAGGCUGGAAUUGGUGGCAGUGGCCUGUAAUCUCAGCUACUCAAGAGGCUGAGGCAGGAGGAUCACAAGCUCAAGGCCCAUCUAAGCUACAGAGUGAGUUCAAGGCCAGCGUGGGCAAUUUUGAGACUCCACCUCAAAAUUAAAAAGUGAGCUGGCUCUCUGGGAGAGUCUGAAGACAGAGACCUUUCCAGACUCGAGGAACAUGUUCUGCAUUUAUUAACGGUAACGAUGCUGCUUCCUUUGGAAUGCCACUGCCGUGGUAGGAAUGCCCAGUGCGCUGUGACUGACACUUUUGUGUGGAUGUGCAUGAAGCUCUUGUUCUAGACUUGUGUGUGCAAAGGGAAAAAAAUUAGUAUUCUUCUCUACUCUUGAUAAUAUGAAAUUAUGGAUGUGACUUUUUAUCAUGAUUGUUGUGCAACUUUUUCUGUAACUGCUUUUAUAUGGCUGAUAAAAUGUGUGUAGUGAAUACAUGUUCAAGGAAAUUUCAGAAGCAAUGAUAAUCAGAUAAUCUAGCAUUACUGAUACUACAAGAGGGGCCUUUUGUAAACAUUUUAAUGUCAAAGCCCCAACUUAUAAAAAAUGCUGCAGUUUCACAGGUUGUGUACAACAGGUCUGUCCCAUUUGGGUAGGACAUGGAUUUGAUAAAGUUUUUGCUAUGUUGUUUACUACAUUUUGAGAUUAAUAAGUAAUCUAUAUUCAUAUUUUUCUGUAAACCUACAUAUUUUGUACAAAGUAUCCUACAAGUUCUGAAACUAUGGGAAGAAAAUGCCAAAGAUAUCUCCAAUUAUGUUGAACAAAGCCAGCAUUGUUUCAACAGAUUAGCAAGGAGAGAGGUAUUUCAGUAAAGGAGAAGUAAAAACAGUUAUUUAAGGACUAUGUUUCUCAAUAAAGUGGAUACUUGCUCCUCUCUUGA